ACCGGUGGUUUUAUCCUCCGGCUUAAGUUAGGUGGGCGGGCGUCUGCCUCGUGCGCUUUGCAUUGCAUUUGCUUCCCAGGCACCAGCUCAGCGCAAGCCAUGCAUACAUCCCCUUCCCCGCUCGAAUUACGCGUCUCUGCCGCCUCACCAUCGUCGUCCCGCCCCCGCGCCUCCACCUCUCUGCAACUGCGGUGCCGAUCGAGAGCUAGCUAGCUAGAGAUCUUUUCAUUUCACCAUGGCGGCCCGCACGCUUCGUUCCCGCUUCUUUACCAACCCUUAUAUACCCCCCCUCGUCCAUCUCAUGACACCUACCCAUAGCUUGCUUCCUUCCUUUCCUUCCUUCCUUCCUUCUUCUCUUGCUGGCUCUGCAAACGCACGCACACACAAAUCGAGACGCACGCACAACAUCCGAAUAGUUGACACCUGCUGCUGCUGGCGACUCGGAGGGGAUAUACUACCUGCCUCUGUGUGUGCGUGUGCACCAUACUCUAGAUAGGUAGGUGCAUAGAUAGGUGCACUGCUUGCUGCAGCUGAAUUUGGCACAUGUCAGUAGCAGGUGCCCAAAUAGAUGGUGGGCGUGCCCUAACGGUUCAUGGCUGAGCAGCCGCUGCCACGACCCCAUUCUCCUUCCACGCCGGCGGCGGUGCAAGUGCAAGUGCAACCGGGGCCAGCAGCAGCAAGCCACCAGGCGGCGCCCUCGUCGGGUUCGGCUCCAGCCUCGCCUCGUUCUCCUUCUCCGCUGCUGCUACUGCUGCAGGGCGGCGACGGCGGGACGUCGUCGGCGGGGGCAGCAGCAGCAUCAUCGGUUGCCACGGCGCCGUCGACGACGAUGGCGACGAGCUCGGGGGAGCCGUCGCCGCGGUCGUCCGGGAAGCACGCAUUCUACCGCGGCAUCCGGUGCCGGAGCGGCAAGUGGGUGUCGGAGAUCCGGGAGCCCCGCAAGGCGCGCCGGAUAUGGCUCGGCACGUACCCGACCGCCGAGAUGGCCGCGGCCGCCUACGACGUGGCUGCGCGCGCGCUGCGCGGCGCCGACGCCGUGCUCAACUUCCCCGGCGCGAUCGCGUCGCGCGCGGCGCCAGCGUCCGCGUCCCCCGCCGACAUACGCGCCGCGGCGGCGGCCGCCGCCGCCGCCGCGCAGCUCGAGUACGCGCAGUCGUCGCAGGGUACCGCCGCCAAUCAUCCUCCUCCUGCCGCUGCACGACAGGACCACCGGUGGCAUCAUCAGCAGCAGCAGCACGGCGUGAUGAUGAGCGGCGGCGCGAGCGCGACAGCUGACGCGGCGGCGAGCUUGUACAACACGCCGCAGCAGCAGCAGCAGCAGCAGGAGAUCGGCGGUGAUGAGUUCAUGGACGAAGAGGCCAUCUUCGAGAUGCCGCAGCUGCUGCGGAACAUGGCGGCGGGGAUGAUGAUGAGCCCGCCGAGGCUCAGCCCCGACACCUCCGACGAGUCGCCCGACCCGUCCGAGGCCGGGGAGAGCCUCUGGAGCUACCAUGACCCGUAGAUUGUUGCAUUGUUGCCCAAUUGGCCAGCGGCCCAGCACUCCACAGCAGUGUGGUAAUAAUACAAACUCGACUACAGUGAACUACUAGCACACCGGACGGUAGCAAACCAGAGAGAGAAUUGAUUACUAUGGCAACAACAACAACAACAACAGGAGGUACAUGGUACUGUUGGUACAUACGUACUGGACCCAGGCCGGUGCAGCGCAGUCGCAGCGUCCUCUAUCUGGUAAUACAAGUGUAUGCCAUAAGCGUAGUGUGACAUGCUCGCUAGUAAUAGUAUAGUUACCAGAGCAUCCAUUUCAAGUGCUAUUAUUACUACCCUUUCAAAUUUAUAUCUUUUUUUUUCUAUCCCACUCCUUCAUUCCGUAUUUAUUUCCAAAUUUUACUGCGCUGUGAUUCGGCAUGAUUGAGAAAGUACAAUUAUUGUUGACGCAGUUAGCUAGCUUAUUUCUAGUUUUGGUCUAAGAGCAAGCACACAUGUUUUUUGAUGUGCCAAGUGGAUCGUAGGGAGACGUACGCUAGUGUACAGUAUAUAUAUAUAUGUGUGUGGCCGUGUGGGUGCCAUUGUGUCUGUAGACAAGAAAAGUAUUUGUAAUUGUAUGGGCCCAUGGAUCGGAUAAGAAAAUAUAUAUAGGUGUGCACAUGCAUGCUCCACUUUCCCUUUUUAAA